GUUUAUAUUCAUUAUUCAACGUGGUUUGAGGCUCAAAGCUAUUUCACAGCGAUAAAAAAUCAAUUAUUUUGGAUUGCACUGAAGUUGGCGUCCCGAAAUUGAGGUAUGUUAUUACUCAGCAUAUUUAGAUAGUUUUUUAUUCUGUCUAAAAUACCGCAGCUAAUAAAUAUACUCCAUUUGUUUUGUAUACAAAAACAUUUGGCCUUUCAUGUUGCUCUUAUAAAUUUUUAUCAUUUUGAGACAGGCCGAUUUUCUUACAAGGCUAUACACUUGUGUUUGCUUAUGGACAUUAUCUGUUGUAAUGUUGUAAUCAGUAUAUAUAGUGUAUAGGUAACAUAGGGGUAUUAUGUCUCAAUAAAUUCCCCCCCCCCCCCCCUCCUGGGCGUUUGUUGGGCUUUUGUCAUUUUGGCAUCCUUAGGGGACAAAAUAUAAGUUUUCUGAGGAUUUCUGAUCCCAAAAAUCAAAUGCAAGCUCUAUCACGUAUCAAUAUAUAUGUAUUUAAAAUCGAUUCUGUAGCCAUUCAUUUCAAAACGUUUUUAAUUAAAAUAUUGAAGUCUCAAAACUUUAUAUAGCAAUAUCAAACUGUGGAAGUAAGUCAAUGUAUCAACAGGAUGGACAAGAAAAAAGUCUUUGUGUGUAUGUCCCUAAUGUCCGCCAUGAUUAAUUCAGAGCUGCCAAGUUCAGAUGAUUAAAAACCUGGAGGUUGUUGGGGCCUUUAGUUCGUAGUUCGUACCCCCGCCCCCUGACAGCGAUAUAUGUGAUAAUAGUGAUAUAUAUGUUAUUUCAUUUUUAAUACAUACUGAUAUAUAUAGCCAGACAGAGCAGCGCAGACAAUUAUUAAUCAAAUUAUGUAUAAAUUGUUGACUUUAUAUUAUUGUUGACUGGCCAUGCUUGGGGAACGAUUGCCAUAAUGCAUGUGUAAUAAAAAAUAAGCCCGCGCACACACAUAAUUCACGUUUAGAUUACGUGAUACUUCAAGAUCACAAAAUCUAAUAGGCUAAUAGCCACUAUAAUUUUGAACAAGAGUGUCAUUUUACAAAUACGUACGAAUUUUCUUUUGAAAGAACAGACGGUAUUUUCACAAAUUGUAUUUUUUCCAGAGCAUAGAUGCAGAAUCCAUGCAUAAAGGACCAUUUUAAUGGAAUUCUGUGAGAUUUUCAAGACCCACCGUGAGACCUGGAGGUCAGCACGUAAACCUGGAGACUCGCAGGUAAACCGUGAGACUUGGCAGCUCUGAUUAAUUUGCAAUACACACACACAUGUAAACAUGCAUACUAAAGUAUGAAUAAAUGGCGAAACAAGCGAUAAAUAUUCGACUUUUUAGCCUCACGCAAAUUACCCACCCCGGGGCUAACCUGCAAAGCAAAUGCCCGACCCUGGGAACAAGUACAGUUAAGAAUACCCGACAAACGCCGGGGGGGGGCAACCAUGGAAUUGAUCGAGACAUUACAGCAUGUAUAUUCAUGUCUCAAAGUGGUGUUUUAAUAAUGCAGUGAAUGUUUGUAUUGCCAUCUUUCUACCCUACAUAUAUUAUGUGCAUCAUUGCUCAAACAAUUCAAAAUUUAAUAAAAAUUAAAUAAAAAAUUACUAGUAUGUAUAGAUUUUAUGUCAAUCUAAAAAUAAUCUGCUUAUUUAUUUAUUAAUUAUUAUUUAUUUAAUCUGUGGGUACACAUCAGUUGGGUUUUCUCACUCAGUUCUGACGCCAUCAGUUGACAAGGUACUUAAAUAGACUUAUUAUUAUUAUUUUUAGAAUGGUUCGAAACUACAAACGGAAGACUAACCGGGCAAAUUGGUCAGAGGAGCAAAUGAAGCUUGCUAUCUUGGCAGUAGAAAACAAAGAGCUGUCCAUAAGAAAAGCUGCCGUUGUCUUUGGGGUUCCCAAGGAUUCACUGAAUCGCCGAGUGAAAGGUAAGCUGAAAAGUUUAUCCGCAGAGGAGAAACAUAAAAAUAUUUUGGGGCGUUAUCGUGCAACUCUCACCCAUGACCAAGAGAAAGAGCUUGAAGACCACAUAAUCGACAUGGAUCAAGCUUUUUAUGGUCUUUCCAUAAAUGACAUCAGAGCCAUUGUCGAUGACUAUUGUCAAAAGAACAAUAUUAAAAACAAUUUCAAUUCUGAUAAUAAAAUGGCUGGUCGUGACUUUGUUGAGGGAUUUAUGAAGCGCCACCCAAAGUUGUCACUUCGAAGACCGAAGAAAGUCGAAGAAAGCUGAAAGUUGAAGAAAGCUGAGGAGCAACAGCCAAAAGCCAAGAAAGCUGAUAACAAGAAAUCGGCAAUUUAAGCUAAGAAUGUUAACAUGGACAUUGUGGAAGAUUCACAAUGUCCUUUGGUCUGAGUCAUUGCCUGGCGAGGAUUGGAUCGAAAUUGCUGCAAGUGUGAAAAGUGUUUGCAUGAAGAUUGUUGUUGCUCUGUGACACCGACAACUGUAAUAUGUGACAUUUGCUAUGACUGUUAGAUAAACUUUUAUCCACUUUCAUAAUGUAUUUUUAAAAUUAACCUUAGUUUUUAUCCUAC